AUGUCCUGCCCGUGGCCUCCUCAGCAGCGAAACGAACUCGGCAUUGCCACACUAUCGCUCGGCAACUGGAGAGAACACACACUCACCCCGCGACUCGAAGCUGCCGCCAAAGCCGGAUACCAAUGGAUUGACCUAUUUGACGAAUGCUGGGCUGCAUACCUGGUAGAACAUGGUCUCCCAGGUGAACAGCUCUGGGAAGCCACCCCGGAAAACUUGCGUGUGGCACGAAAGCUGGGCGACUUAGUGAAAUCCCUUGGGAUGCGGAUCGCCUGUACACAACCUCUUCGCAUGAUCGAGGGAAUCAAAGACCCGGUCGAGCGACGCACGACAUUGGAUCUGGUUGCGAAGCGCUUCCCGUUCAUGCGCGCCUUCGAUACAGAUCUUGUCUUUAUGUGUGCCAAUAUUCGUACGGAUAGUGGUGUUACCUCGGAUCUCAAGGUCGUCGCUAAGGAUCUGGCGGAGCUGGGUGAUAUGGCGGCCGCAUAUGCUAAGGCUGAUGGAGGGCGGAUGUUGAAGAUUGGAUAUGAGGGAUUGUCUUGGGCGACAAGAAAUACGUGGUCUUCAUCGUGGGAGGCUGUGCGAUUUGCCAAUCGCCCUAAUGUUGGGUUGAUUGUUGAUGCUUUCAAUAUUCUUGCUGUUGAGUUUGCGGAUCCGUAUAAUCCUGCGGGGCAUGGACGGAUUUAUCCGACUUUAGAGGAAUCUUUGGAGGUUCUUACAUCGUCGCUUUCGUCAUUAGUGGCUACCGUUCCUGGAGACCGGAUCUUUUUCUUCCAGUGUGGUGAUGCUGAGUUGAUGAAUCCCUCGACAUUCGUCCCUCCUGAGGAUCCGAGUAUUCCAGCUCUUCUGCCUUGGUCGCGGAGUCAUCGGCUUUAUCCUCUUGAGCAGUCUCUUGGUGGGUAUAUGCCUGUUGAGCUUGUGGGUGCAGCGGUGUUGGGCACGGGGUAUAAGGGACCAAUCUCGCUUGAGGUCUUCAAUGCAUCUUUGAAUAAACCCGGAGAUAAUAUUGCUAUAACUCAUGCUGUUCGUGGUAUGGAUAGCCUGAAGAAAUUGUUUGACGCGGCUACAAAGCUUCCUCCGUUCUGGAGAGAUCAGGCCAGUGCCCAACAAGCCAUUGGCCAGGUCAUACAACGCUUGCAGACAACAGGCCACCGAUUGUAA